AAUCAAUUAUUAGCUGUUGUUGGUCGUUCUUCUUCCCGUUCGUUCCCGCAAACUUUUCCUUCUCGAAACCUCCCAAAUCUCUUCUUCAUUGUCUUCUUCUACUUCCUCUUUCUCUUCUUCGAUCUCGAACUCUUAUCUCAAAACGCAGGGUUUCGCGUUUUCAUUUCUUAAAUACGCACGUGCUGUUUUUCUAUGCGAGUUCUGCUAUAAAACACACGCAAUUUCGUAAUUUGCGGGUUUUCGAUCUGUGCGGUGGCGAGUGAUUUUGAGUUGUGAUCGAGGGGGAGCAGCUCCGGCGGGGGAUGACGGAGGAGACGGCGGUUGGCGGUGGCCGAGGAGGGGGAGGAGGAGGAGGAAGAGGAGGCAGAAUUGAGAGUUCCGGUCGAUGAAUUCUCGGCGAGGAGAAUGCUGUAUUUGAAGCAACCUAGGGUUUUUGAGAGCAUGAUGGAUUUGUUGUUGUGCGUUUUUGUGCAUUGGUGUUGGUGAUCGUGGUUGUGUGCGUGAAUGCUGGGUGAUUUUAGUGGCUGCUAUUUGCAUGCGAUUUUGAUGGUUUCCCUCUGAGCCUGAGGCUCGAGGGAUCUGAAUAGUUUGGCGAAGGAGAAGCCAUGGCGUCGUCGGAGAAUAAACCUUCUUCUCACUCUUCUCCUCCUGCACAUGCGUGUUUGCAUAAGUUCAGGCUCUAUGAGACUCUUUCGAACUUCUACAUGAUAGGAAGGGACAAGAGCAGGACUUAUUGGAGAGUGUUAAAGAUUGACCGUCUAGAUCCCUCUGAGCUGAAUGUGCUUGAAGAUUCCACCACCUAUACAGAAAGUGAAUGUUCUGACCUGUUGAAGCGUAUACAUGAGGGGAACAGGUCCACUGGUGGACUGAAAUUUGUUACAACUUGUUAUGGAAUUGUUGGGUUCAUAAAAUUUUUGGGCCCUUACUACAUGCUGCUUAUCACAAAAAGAAGGCAAAUUGGUGCAAUCAGUGGUAAUACAGUAUAUGCUGUCUCAAAGUGUGAGAUGAUUCCACUGCAAAGUUCUUCUGUUCAUUCUAACAUCACCGAUUCUAUAAAUGAAAACAGAUACAAGAAGCUCCUAUGCAUGGUCGACCUUACAAAGGAUUUCUUUUUUAGCUACUCAUAUCAUAUUAUGCGUAGUCUUCAAAAGAAUUUGUGUGAUAGUGAGACAGGCCAUGUUCUUUAUGAGACCAUGUUUGUCUGGAAUGAGUUUUUGACUCGAGGAAUUAGGAAUCACCUCCAGAAUACUGUUUGGACAGUAGCACUAGUCUACGGUUUUUUUAAACAGGAAACACUUACAAUAUCUGGGCGGGAGUUCAUACUUACUCUCAUUGCAAGACGAUCUCGCCAUUAUGCUGGCACUAGGUAUUUGAGGCGAGGUGUAAAUGACAAGGGUAGAGUAGCUAAUGAUGUGGAGACAGAACAAAUUGUAUUUGAGGAUGUUCCUGAAGGUCUUCCAGUCCAAAUAUGCUCUGUUGUCCAGAAUCGGGGUUCAAUCCCUCUCUUCUGGUCACAGGAAACUUCACGUCUAAAUCUUAAGCCGGAUAUUAUAUUGUCAAAGAAAGAUCAGAAUUAUGAAGCCACUAGACUUCACUUUGAAAAUCUUGUCAAAAGAUACGGGCAUCCUGUAAUAAUUUUGAAUUUGAUUAAGUCACACGAGAGGAAACCUCGAGAGUCCAUACUUCGUUCUGAGUUUGGUAAGGCUAUUGAUUUCAUUAACAAAGAUUUAUCACAGGAGAACAGGUUGAGGUUUCUUCAUUGGGAUCUUAAACAUUUUCAGAGCAAAGCGACAAAUGUUUUGCUACUUCUGGGAAAAGUGGCUGCAUAUGCUUUGACAGUAACAGGUUUCUUAUAUUGUCAAGUGCCACCAACUCCUAGACCUGAAGACUGUAUAAAAUGUCCAUCUAUUAGUUUUGCAUACGGAAAUAUCGAUAAGGGAAGCUUUCAACCCACUAGACAAGCUGAUGUCGACAACAAAGAUGGUAAUACUUUAGAGAGGAAACCUAGUGGAGAAAGCAACCUUGCUAACGGAAACCAUUUUGUCAAGCCACCUAUGUUCCAGAGGGGGGUUCUCAGAACCAAUUGCAUAGACUGCUUAGAUCGCACAAAUGUUGCACAAUAUGCAUAUGGGUUGGCUGCUCUUGGCCACCAGCUUCAUGCUCUGGGAAUUAUUGACCACCCAAAAAUUGACCUUGAUGAUCCUCUAAGUGAUGAUUUGAUGGGAUUUUAUGAGCGGAUGGGUGACACACUUGCACACCAGUAUGGUGGUUCUGCUGCACACAAAAAGAUAUUCUCUGAGAGGAGGGGGCAAUGGAAAGCUGCAACACAGUCCCAAGAGUUUUUUAGGACUCUUCAACGCUAUUAUAGCAAUGCUUACAUGGAUGCUGAAAAGCAAAAUGCAAUUAACAUAUUCCUGGGGCAUUUUCAGCCACAACUGGGUAAGCCUGCUCUUUGGGAUUUGGGCUCAGAUCAACAUUAUGAUAUAGGGAGAUAUGGGGAUGAUGAUGCAAGCUUAUGUGGUAACUCUGAAUUAUGGCUUUUUAGGUCAUUUGUCAAAAGGUGUUUCUCAGAUGGAAGCAUCAUUGAUGGCAAUUCUACACCUAUGUCAACCCCAAAUCCAAAGCUUGAAAAAUUCUCAAAGCUAGGUUUGCAGGACCAAUCAGAAGAAGGAAGCAAGGCUUUUUGUGAGUCAUCGCCUGAAAUAUCAACUUCUUCUGAGACUGAGAGUGGCAUGUCAUUUUCAAGGUACACUCCCUUAAUGCCUCAUAGACAUCUUUUUGGAGAUAUACAAAGAGAGCGCUUCUUUCAUAGUGACCAUAUUUCCUAUUCUGGGCAUGGAGAUUCAUUCAGCUCUUCCAACUUUGUUGACCUGGAUUGGCUGUCUUCAGGAAAUUCAUGUGAAGAAGAGCCAUUUGAGAGGUUAUCAAUUACCAACUCUUCGAUUGCUAGGCUUUCUUCAGAAAAUGUUAUCAAUGGAGUUAUUAUGGGAGGAGAUACUCCCUCCACUAGUGAUUUGGACUCAAACAAUAAGGGAAGAGAGCGAACUGGGUCAGAGUUAUCCAACCGUGAUGGCCGGUCCAAAGUUCUAGAGGAAUUUCCUGAUACUUUUGUAAACUGGGUGACUAAUGGACAGACACUUUGCAAUUGAAUUUUCACAUAGAAUGGUCCUUUGCAUUUAUAUAUAUGAUGUAAAUUUAUUUAAUUGACUUGGCUUGCCCGAAAGAUGCUGAAUAGAAGAAGAGACUAGAAUGAGCUAAGCAUAUGAUACAGACGGGGCAGGAAAAAGAAAUAAACAGGCUUUCAAUUCAAGUAGGCUUCUCUGUAAGGUGCCGAUCGAUCGCAGAAGAAAUCCUACCGGCUUUCUUGGUAUUGACUUGAAUCAUUAAUUCUGUCGUGAAAAUCUCAAUCAAAUCUUGAGGUAUAAUAGGACAGAGUAAAUAGCAAGCUGUUGUAAAAUUGUUUUUUUCUUUUCAGCUUUGGAGCUUAUUGUCUUACUUUUUCUUUCAUCAGUUCAUGACCAUAUUAGGUGCAUUUGUAAAUAUGUAUGUUACCCUGUAUGUCUGAGCUCCACUUCUAGAAUUGCAAAUAAUUAAUUCUUUUAAAUAAUUUUGCUUCUUGUAAUGUGUAAUUCUCUCCCGCUGUCAAACUAGCGGUGAUUUAUGUUUUCAUGUUAUGGGGCACUGAAGAUCCCUGAAUCCCUGGAGCUGCAAA